AUGGGCUCAAUUGUUCACUAUGCACCUAUUUCAAGAGUGGUGGUUUUUGGAGGUACUCAUGGAAAUGAGAUGUCUGGAGUCACACUUGCUAAACACUGGCUGAAAGACCCUUCAGAGAUACAGAGACAGACAUUUACAACAGAGUCCUGCAUAGCCAAUCCAUUAGCUGUGGAGAAAUGUGUCCGAUACUUAGACCAAGACCUCAAUCGCUGUUUUUCAAAUGAAAUACUAAGAUCUCCGGAAUCUGAAGGUGAUCCAUAUGAAGUGAAACGAGCAAGAGAAAUUAAUCAGCAAUAUGUAUCUGGAGUUCCUUCUUUUGAUUUUGCUUUUGAUCUACACAACACCACUUCAAACAUGGGAGCCACAUUGCUCCGCUGCUCAAAGGAUGACCUCCUCUCACUGCACUUAGCAAACUAUUUGCAGAGCAACAGUGAGGAUCAGUCUAUGCCAUGCUACAACUACCUCAUCGACAUACCAGAGAAGGAUAAUGCAUACCUGCAACAUAUAACAAAGCAUGCACUGUGUUUAGAACUUGGGCCACAGCCUCAAGGAGUGAUCAGAUCAGACAUGCUUUCCAGAAUGCGAGAGCUUGUAAACCAAGCUUUGGACUUCAUCAAUCUUUUCAAUAAGGGUAAAGAGUUUCCAAGUUUUGAGACUGAUAUAUACAAGUUUGUAUCCAGAGUGGACUUUCCUCGAGACUCUACAGGAGAAAUAGCAGCAGUCAUCCAUGCUGAGCUGCAGGACAAAGAUUAUAUUCCUUUGAAGUGUGGAGAUCCAAUCUUUAAGACUUUGAGUGGAAAAGAUGUGUAUUAUGAAGAUGAGAAAGUCUUGUACCCCACAUUUAUCAAUGAGGCAGCAUAUUAUGAGAAAAAAGUGGCCUUCAUAUUAACUGAAAAAGUCAACUGGAAAGUCCCUGCUUUGAAAGUAGAACAGUAA